CUUUGGAGGACAGGCUUAAGCAGAAUGGGAGUUAUCACCAUGGCCCUUCUCUCCUCAGUCCAGUUGCCCUACCUCUGAAGACUUGUGCCCAAUAGGGGUGGACAUGGUAGGGAAGAACUGUAGUGUGGCACCACCAGUUUCCUUUUGCAGAUAAAUGCCCAGAUCUAUUCAGGUGAAACCUGCUGGACCUCAGGGUUCUCAUUCCCACUGCUUCUUCCAUGUGUAGCUGAAACUGAGUCAUAAAGGAAGAGUUUGUUGCUGGGAAGAGGAUGAGUAUAUUGGGAGGUGAAUGUUGAAAAAAAAAAGAGAUGGUCAGAAAUUAAAAAACAAAAACAACCAAUUAUUCUUCAACCUGACUAGCCUUAUAUUUUCCUUUUUUUUAAAAAAAAUAGAAUGCUCUACUAGCUGUUCUCCUUUCCUGGACUAUCUUUGUGACAUUGUGUGAUGCUAACUGCACCUUUACUCAAAUGAAGAUCAAUGGAGGCAAUGAAUCAGAAGGUUGCACAGAUGGUCAAGGUGUAUUUCAUUACUUGUAUUCUACAUGGAGUGAUGAUGAAUGUGAAACAUGUGAUUGUCUUGAAAAUGGAAUUGAGUGCUGUAACAUCAUUAUGAGGCCUAUCGGGUAUGAUGAAGAAAAAUGUGAGGAAUUUCUGGACAAAAAGUUAUGUCUUUACAGAGCUGUAGAGAAAGAAAACCACACUCAACUCUGUGAAAUAUCAGAAUAUAUUAUUUAGCCAUUCUAGCUCCUGUUUUUGCUGCCUAAAGUCAUCACCUCCCAAUGGAACUCGUCCUCACUUCAAGCAAUGAUUCUCUUCCUGGAAUUCAGAAUAACAGGAGUUAAUUAUUAAAAUGACUUUGGAUUUCCAUUCUACUGAGGCCUUUUUAAGUCUUAGGCACCCUGAUUCAGACAAAAAUUUGUCACCUCUCUGGCUUCUGAAAUCCUUUUGGUACCUAUGUCAUGCACCUAUCUCCAGUAACCUUUUGUCUAAUGAAUAUCUAAAGAAAUAUAUGUUCCUUUAGAAUGAAAUUGAAAUAGCAUGGAAUUCGUCUCUUUUUUCUUUAUAGCAAUCGACAUUCAAACUCAUUACAG